AUGCGUCACACCCGACACGGAGGGUACUGCCUUGUGAACGGGCGCUGCCGGUUUGGCUUCCCCAAGCCCCGGCAAGAGUCGUUGGGCCUGGAGGCACACCCUCUCACUACUCCUCCGACCGACAAUGUCGACGACUGGCAGCUCAUCGCAACGCCACAAAACGCGUUGCCGCGGCGGGAGGGGGAGGAAGGGGAGGGUGUAUUCGACCCCUGCGUCAACCGGCACGUCGUGGCACAGCUGCUGGGGUGGGGUUCGAACGUCGACUUCUCCCCAAUCGUCGACAUGGGCAUGGCCGGGAGGUACAUGGUCAAGUAUACCACCAAGGGAGAGUCUCGGGGCAGGGACGCACAGACAACGCUCGCGACCCUUGUUCGCCACGCCGCUACCCUGGACGCCGACGACGACGACAGGCUUACGUUGCCUUCGAUCAUGCGAAAGGUCCUCAACAUGGCGACGACGAGGCGAGACAUGGGCGUGCAGGAGGUUCAGCACCUCAACCUACAGACCCACAACGUCCUCCACAACGUCGAGUACGUGAGGGUGUAUACCGAGCAGACUUCUGUCGAAGUUGAGAGCGCCGGGGCCGACGGGGGACUUCGGCCAGUGCGGGACCUGCUCCUUGCGUACUCCCGUCGCAUGGAUCAAGACGCGUGGGUUCCCAUCCAUGGAGGAAAGCCCCAGCAGGACGCGGUCCUCGAGGAGAUUAACUACUGCACGUUCGCCGCUACCUACAAGCUAACGCGGGAGAAGAUUACGACUCACACCCGAAAUAACCGCGUCGUUUCCUUCCUUCCCAUCUUCUCCCACAGCCCUACCAGCCCGAAGUACGCCGACUACUGCCGCAGCCACCUUGUGAAGUACCGCCCGUGGCGUGGCCCUCUGCACAACGGGUGGGACGGCGAGGAAGGAGAGGAGGCUACCACACAGGACGCUGCUGCCAGGCAAAACAUGAUAGACGCGUGGAGGACGUGGGCCACCGAAGUUCAGGCGAUGCCGUUGGGACAACAACCGCGUGGUUUCUCGGCGCGAGACCUCCAGGCGGACCGCCGACGCCGAGGCCGCCGCAGCGGGGAGGGUAGCGGAGGUGAGCCCCACGAAGGCGACGGGGAAAGGAAGGAGAACGACGAUGAACCCCCCAACCUCGACGGCCUGCACGGGAACGGAUUGCAGGGGGUGGCUGGGGACGAUGACCUAGAUCGGCGGUGGAGCGACGGCCGCGACGGCAACAACGUCGUAUGGGGCCAGGCGGGCUGGGCCCAGGCACAAGGAGUGCGGGAAGACUCCACUACCUGGGUGAAGGACUCUGCUGGUGCCGCGGCUGCCGGCCCCGCCUCCACAGAAGCGGCUGUGCUUCCGGUACCAGUCCUCAACGAGAAGCAGGCUCUCGCUGUAACACUGGUGAGAGAUCACGCGGCGAGCCUCGACUCCUACCGAGAAGCCGUCCGCGUGAGCCGCAGAGACAACAGCACCAGGGCCGCACAGCCCCCCCUGCCGGCGCCUCUGAGUCCUCUCCGUUUGCUGCUCACGGGGACGGCGGGCACCGGCAAGACGGUUGUCAUUCGGGAGAUGGUGAGGUUGGUGGGACAGCAGCGGUUCAUCCUCAUGGCUCCAACGGGGAACGCUGCUUGCGCCAUCGGAGGAAUGAUUGUGCUAUGA